UAGGUAUUAGGAAUUGGAUUUUCUUGUCCUAAUCAAAUCUCUCAUCUAUAUAUACCCAUUCCCCCAAGCGUAAUUCUCCUUCUACACCCAUUAUUCACUUACCUUUCCUCUCCAUUCAUUUGUCCUAGGGUUUCUGGAAUCUUCUUCGUAGCCAUCAAACCAUGUCGACGAGGAAAAUCACCUUGAAGAGCUCCGAUGGGGAGACCUUCGAGGUGGACGAGUCGGUGGCGCUCGAAUCUCAGACCAUAAAACACAUGAUAGAAGAUGAUUGCGCCGAUAAUGGCAUCCCUCUUCCGAACGUUACCAGCAAGAUCCUCUCUAAGGUAAUUGAGUACUGCAAGAAGCACGUCGAGUCUCCAAAAUCAGAUGAUCGGACCACCAGCACUGUUGACGAUGAGCUCAAGGCAUGGGACGCUGAAUUCGUCAAAGUUGAUCAGGCUACCCUCUUCGAUCUCAUUUUGGCUGCUAACUAUCUGAACAUAAAGAGCUUGCUGGACCUUACUUGCCAGACCGUGGCAGACAUGAUCAAGGGCAAAACUCCGGAAGAGAUUCGCAAGACCUUCAAUAUCAAGAAUGACUUCACACCAGAAGAAGAAGAGGAGGUUCGGCGCGAGAACCAGUGGGCCUUUGAGUGAAGGAUACGGUGAUGAACAAAACUGUUUUUCUUUCCUUGGGCUGCUUUUGUCUAAUAGUUUGACUUUUGAAAUCUUGUCCGUAAAGUAGUAGUAAUCCUUGUCUCAGCUGUUGCCGUUUCCCGUCCAUCUAUCCUCUCCUGUUACAAACUAUGAUGUCCUUAAGUAAUCUUUAAUGAUGUCAAUAUAUUUUACAUGGUCCUUAUCUGUCUGUUUUACUUCACAUUAUAUUGCCAAUUGCAUUAUCUGUCUCCAUGUUCAAGACAGCUUUGUUGUUGUCAUCUUCAUGAUUGUGCAUCCCAAAUUACUAUUGAAUGAAAAUUUAAACUUUCUGCCC